AUGGCCACCAAUGACAAGGACCUGGCAUCGUCGUCCUCGGUGCCAGCCCCCGAUGAUGACUACAUCAAUUGGGACCUCUUAAUGGUGGAGGCGGAGGAGGAGGAUGAGAAGGAGAAAGCGAUUGCCAACGACAAGGCGAUCGCUUGCGCUGUCCAUGAGGCGGAACUCAUCAGCAAAGCUGAGGGAAUGGCGGAGGCCAUCGUCAGUGAUGAGUCCAUCACACACCUCUUGGCGGAGGAGGUGGAGAUAGGCGGCAACUCCGACACCGACGACGGCGGGGAGGACGAGGACGAGGACGAGGAGGAUGAGGAGAUGGGCGCCGACUUUGACACCGAUGAGGAGGAGAGCGGCGACUCUGACAUGACCGACGAGGAGGAGGAGAUGGGCGGCGACUCCGAUAUGACCGAGGACGAUAGGAGGAUGAGGAGGAUGAGGAGAUGUGCGACUCUGACAUGA